CUGAGUCUCAAGGUUCCAUAUUUUGUAACAGAAGUGAUAUUUGGACAGAAAUUUAAGGUUUUGAUCAUAAUAUGAUGGGCAAUGAAAAAGUAUGGCAAAGUAUGUGUAUGAAUUCCGGUACCAUUUAUUAACAUUAAGUGACAUCUCAACAGUUUGGUAGAGGCCGAUAUUUAAAAAAUUAUGGGAUGUGUUGAAAAAAAAAAUUCUUAGCAAAAUAUAUUCUUAAGAACAUCAACCAAAUAAAACUCAAGAAAGGUGUACAAUAUGGGACUUUAAUACAAAUAGUGUAGAGUUUGCGGUACUAGAGGAUGUUACUUUUAUUUUGACAACGGAAAAGCUGGAUUUUCGCGUCUGCACCAUAUGUAUCCGUGGGCUACACGCACACAAUAACCAUAGGCAAUAACGCGUCUUCGCGUUGUAUCGUCUGUACACGUUCGGUCUAAAGAAAUAGCUUUCAUCCAUUCGUCUGAGGAAAUAUUUGUCUUUUCGCCUUUUCAUAACUUGUAAAUUUCGUCUCGGAGUGAUGACGUCACCACCGUCACGUUUUCACUCCAUCAAAGAAGUCUUGUGAGAUCUGAUUGCAACUGUGAAGCUCCUCCCACAGGAAUUCAACAAAAGGCCUAAUUGCUGGAAUAUUUUCAUUUUACUAGUGAAGAAAUAGAGUUUAAAAAACAUGAAUGAUCCAGAACCCUGCAGAAUAAAACAUGAAGAGACUGAAAAUCUAAUAGAUCUGAUGGAAGACAAGGAGAGUGAAGAACUUAGAGAAGCAAAGGAGAAACAUGUCAAAGCUGGUGAAAAAUUUUCAAGUUGCUUACAGACUGAAAGUACUUUAUUGAGAAAAUCCUUCCCCUCGCCUCAGUGUGGGAAGAGUUUUACAGAAAAUGUAAUCCUGAAGAGACACAUGAACAUCCACACUGGGAAGAAGCCACACACAUGUGAUCAGUGUGGGAAGAGUUUCACAAGAAAAAGAGGCCUUAAUGUACACAUGAAAAUCCACACUGGAAAGAAUCUGCACAAAUGUGACCAGUGUGGGAAAACUUUCUUAAUAAAAAGAGGCCUUAAUGUACACAUGAAAAUCCACACUGGAGAGAAUCUGCACACAUGUGAUCAGUGCGGGAACAGUUUUUUGUAUCAAGUUACCCUGAAUAGACACAUGAGAAUCCACACAGGAGAGAAGCCGUACACAUGUGAUCAGUGCGGGAAGAGUUUCACAUAUUUAAGAACUUUCAAAUCACAUCUACGUUUUCAUUCUGGAGAAAGACCAUAUAGCUGUGAUCAGUGUGGUAAAUCAUUUUUUUCAGAAUCAUCCCUGAAUAGACACCUGAAUCUUCAUUCAAAUGAAAAGCCUUACUUGUGUUAUUUGUGUGGAAAUAGAUUUAGAUGGCUGGGUUUAUUAAAAUUACACCAGAAAAGACACAGUGGUGUGAAGAAUCAUGUGUGCUUUGAUUGUGGGAAGACCUUCAUUACAGAUGCUGCAGUGAAAAAGCAUCAGAGGAUCCACACUGGAGAAAAACCUUACAAGUGUUCACACUGCGACAAGAGAUUCAGUCAGUUAGGAUAUCUGGAAGCACACAAGAGGAUCCACACUGGAGAAAAACCUUACAAGUGUACUCACUGCGACAAAACUUUCAUUAAUUUAGGAAACCGGAAAGAACACGAAAGGAUCCACACUGGAGAAAAACCUUACAAGUGUACUCACUGCGACAAAACUUUCUUUAAUUUAGGAAACCGGAAAGAACACGAAAGGAUCCACACUGGAGAGAAGCCAUACAAGUGUUCACUCUGCGAUAAGAGAUUCAGUCAUUCAGGAAACCUAAAGACACACAAGAGUGUCCACACUGGAGAGAAGCCAUACAAAUGUUCACACUGUGACAAGAGUUUCAGUCAGUCAGACCACCUGAAGGCACACGAGAGGAAUCACACUGGAGAAAAACCUUACAAGUGUUCACACUGCGACAAGAGAUUCACUCAGUCAGGACACCUGAAGGCACACGAGAGGAAUCAUACUGGAGAAAAACCUUACAAGUGUUCACACUGCGACAAGAGUUUCAGUCAGUCAGGACACCUGAAGAAACAUGAGAGGAUCCACACUGGAGAAAAACCUUACAAGUGUUCACACUGCGACAAGAGUUUCAGUCAGUCUGAAAACCUGAAGAGACACAAGAGGAUCCACACUGGAGAGAAGCCGUAUCACUGCCCACCUCCAGGAGGGAAGAGUUUUACUCAUUUAUCUUCUUUACAACAAGUGUUAGGACCAGUGGCGUAACAAGCCAACACCAGGCCCUUAAGCAGGAUUUUUAAUGCGGGCUCCCGCAAUGUCGUCAAAAAAAAAAAAAACGCUUGACGACAAUAUUCUAUAUAUAUAUAUAUAUAUAUAUAUAUAAAACACUGCUGGUGAUGGCGCACCAUAACACAUUGUUACUCACUGCUAUGACUUUACACACAGGCCUAGGUCCAAAUACAUUAAAAAAAAUUCUUACUUGCAUUAUAGCUGCAUUUUCACUUUUGAAAAAGAACGCUCUGCAGAAGCCACUGCCACUGGGAUGGUUAGAAAAAGCAUAAAAGCAGUGCAAACCUCCCCGAAACUCGCAGUGAUGCAGCUGUUCUCGACGAUUAGCAUCUUCGUCAGCUCUUGCACUGUUUUCAUUUGUGAGAUCCGGUCUUUUAAGCAUGAACGAAAUGAUAACAAUUGCAUUGGGAAAUCAGUAGCAAUGUUGUCUCUGUAAAUCUCCACCAGCCUAUUUGCUUGCAAAAACAGUUCAUCAUCUGUUGCAGUGCAAAGGGUCUUGGGCAGUAAAACUUUGGAAUGGUCAACUGUUGAUCGUAAACCGGCGAAUCUCUGGGUCAAUUGAGAGAUGACAAUAUCAAGGAAGGCAUUAAACACAUUGACAUGAAAGUAAGACUCAGCAUCCGAUAUACGUUCAUCUUGACACAGCUCAUCAAAAUGCGCUUUCACUUUUCUCAACCGACUCCCCACUUCUCUGAAAGGCUCCUUGCUGUUUGUUUGACAUUUUCAAAACUUUCUCGGAACACAGUUAGGUCUCUGAUGGCGCUGCCCAGUAGCUGGACUGCUGAAGCCAGAUCCAUGUCUUGGGAUUGUAGAAGUUUUGAUAUUACAUUAGUCCGUUCCAAGAUUUUGCUUUGGAGGACAACAAGACAAACAAAUGAGAAUUUCUCAAUUGUCUGUUUCAACGAUGCAGCCUCGUCCCGUUCAUCUUUCUUUCUGCUCGUCAGUGAAAGUUUUGCCAAUGCCUUCAUUACAUCAUUGUACCGAUAUCUCAAAGUGGUUACUGCUUCAUAACGUGAGGACCAUCUAGUCGGGCAUAAAUUUUUCAGUGUUAUGUUAGAGUCAUUGUUUGUGUCUUCGUCAUUACUUUGUGUAGUAUUUGAAAGCAUUGCCCAUCUCUUUAUGCUGUGGCCAAAGAACACAUAAAUGCGCUCAACAAUGUCAAAGAACUGUCGUACUUCUUGUAUCUUCACCGCAUCAUUAAGGAUGAGAUUCAAAUUGUGUGAGGCACAGUGUACAUACCUUGGCAGCUAUCCUUGCCUGGACACCACUGUAUAUACCGUGCAUAUUCGCGGCACCGUCGUACCCUUGCCCUCUGCACUUGGAAAAGUCUAAGCCGUUGUCCUCCACAGACGCAAUAAUCGCCCGAGUAAGCUCGCAGGCUGAUGAGUCGUUAACGUCACGAAAUCCAAUGAAGGACCCUUUGAUCGUCACAUCAGUGGCAACACCACGAGCAUCUUGCUCAACUAUAACAUAUCUGAAGAUCUGGCUCAUCUGAUCAACUUUAGCCACAUCUUGUGUUGUGUCCAUAAUCACGGAGAAAAAUGGAGCUGAUCGUAUUUCGUCUAGAAUGUCUUUCUGAGUAUUUUUUGCUAGAAUUUCAAUUAGCUCAUUUUGUACCAGUAGGCUUAGGUACUUGAUCGAGCAAGCAGGGCGGCUAAUCAGAUCUUUAAGCACUGGGUCGUACAUUGCCAGGAGCUCAACGACAGAAAGGAAAUUACCAUUGUUAAUUUCCCCUAUUUUUUUCCCUAUGUCUGCUAAACGGAAUAUUGUUCGUAGCUAAAGUGAGCGUAACAUUAAUCACACGGUGUAGUACCUGUCUCCAAAAGCUGGCCUCAUGAAGUAUGUCCCUCUCCAUAUCCUUAUCCAUAGUUCUGUUCUGACGCCAAAGGUCGCAUAUCACACAUGCAGCUUUGUGUAGAGUGGAUGACUCGUGCUGUUGAAUUUUCUUUGAUAAAUUACACCAGGUAUUUGCUUUCCAUGUUGACUUGGAAAAAAGCCGACAGGGCUCGCAGUAGGCUACAUCCAGUGUGGGGGAGUAGCACAGCUAUGUCCUCGGUAUCUCCAUACCAGACUUGGUUUUGCAGAUGUAAUAUGCCAUUGUAAAUUAGCGGUUAUCCUGUGCAGGAUCCCGCGUGAAAGGGCCAGUAGGUUUGCAUGACCCCAAAGAUACUAUAUAUCGUUUGACAUUUGAGUCUAGAUGCUCUGGAAAAUGACCCAUGUUGGUUGGAUGCUCAUGCAAAGAGGAUAUAUUAGCAGUGAUGGGCAUAGAAUCUACCUCGUUCUCCUCGAUGCUGUUGGAUGACCCACUGGUGUUAGCACAGGCCACCGAGGUUGCAGUGGGUGCAUCACUCCCUUCCUCCUCAAUUUUCACCUUUUACAUCGAUGUUACUUGAUCCACUGGUGCUAGCAUUAACCACGGAGCUGCUACUACCAACGGACACUUCAGGUGCGUCACACGCUUCACUCUCUUGCUCCUUCUCAAUCUCCAUCUCCUGUGUCAUCUUUUUAAAGAACCUUCAUAUUUUUGGUAAUUUGUUAAUUAAUUUGUCAUUCUUCUUUCCAUUUGCGCUUUUGUAAGCCACUUUUGUGUUUGUAAUUUGACGACUCCAUUAUCCAUAUCAAUCUCAAGUUCAAACUUUUUUUUUUACUAUUUUUGCACGCAAUGCGCAUGUUCACCCAGGGAUUCCACAGUCCCAAUUCAAACAAAUUACACCAAAAUCCAUCAUUGUUUGUUUCAGACAUACAUUUAAUGAUCAGUAAAUUAUGUUGUCGUCAUUAUUUAUUCAAAUAAAUUUGCGAAAAAUUAAAAUGCCAUCAGACUAAAAAUAGAAAUGCGAUAGGGGCCGCAUGACUAGCUUCCAGUCAUGCGGGGCCUUGAUUGGUCCGGGCCCGUAAGGAACCGCGUACCCUGCUUACCAAUAGUUACGCCACCCACUGGUCAGGACAAUGAAACAACAUCACAUGUUUGUUUUUACAGUGAACAGAGUUCAUCUUCAAGACCGGCGGUUUCAAGUGUGAUUUUAGAUCAACUCAAAAGAUGUCUCAAUUCAUUAGCUGCAGAAGUAGCCUAAUCUCAGAGGCAAAUAUUGUACUUUUUACAAUAAACUGACUUCGCACAUGGAUAUUAGAUUUUUAUAGUAGAUAUUGUUUCAAAAAAUUAGGUUUCACUUACAGUCCCUUUAACACAUUCUUAUAAGUAACGUUGCACCUACAUGUCUAAUAACUCUCAUUAGAGCUUUAGUUGAGUAUUAAUAGACUGGUUUGUUUGUAGUUUAUUUACAAAUGUCUUAAGUUGACAUGUAGUUGCACAAUUGUUUGAGGACCAUCACAAUAAAGAGUUUGCAGCAAACAGUCUACUCUUUUUUUUUCUGUAAUGCGCUUUUGUACCUGUACCUCCCUUUAUAUUGUAAUUAUAUAUUUUUGUUGCAAUAUUGUUUGUACAUGAUAUAUU